AUGUCUUCCUCUCUCGAACAGCUCAAGGCCAUCGGCACUACUGUUGUGUCCGACUCUGGUGACUUUGUCUCCAUUGGCAAGUACAAGCCUCAGGAUGCCACCACCAACCCUUCACUCAUUCUCGCUGCCUCCAAGAAGGCCGAGUACGCCAAGUUGAUCGAUGUCGCCAUUGACUAUGCUAAGAAGAAGGGUGGCUCUAUCGACCAGCAGGUCGAUGAUGCUCUCGACCGUCUUCUUGUCGAGUUUGGCAAGGAGAUCCUUAAGAUCAUUCCCGGCAAGGUCUCAACUGAGGUCGAUGCCCGAUACUCUUUCGACACCGAGGCUUCUGUCAACAAGGCCCUUCACCUCAUUGAGGGUAUUUCCAAGGAUCGCAUUCUGAUCAAGAUCGCCGCCACUUGGGAGGGCAUCAAGGCUGCUGAGAUUCUCCAGCGCGACCACGGCAUCAACACCAACCUCACCCUCAUGUUCUCUCUUGUCCAAGCUAUUGGUGCUGCCGAGGCCGGUGCCUACCUCAUCUCUCCCUUCGUCGGCCGCAUUCUUGACUGGUUCAAGGCUUCUACCAAGAAGGAAUACUCUAAGGAGGAGGACCCUGGUGUUCAGUCCGUCAAGACCAUCUUCAACUACUACAAGAAGUACGGUUACAACACCAUCGUCAUGGGCGCCUCUUUCCGAAACACUGGCGAGAUCACUGAGCUUGCUGGCUGCGACUACUUGACCAUCUCUCCUAACCUGCUUGAGGACCUUCUGAACUCGAAUGAGCCCGUUCCCAAGAAGCUUGAUGCUUCCCAGGCUGCUUCUCUAGAUAUUGAGAAGAAGUCUUAUAUCAAUGAUGAGGCUCUCUUCCGCUUCGACUUCAACGAGGACCAGAUGGCCGUUGAGAAGCUCCGAGAGGGUAUCAGCAAGUUCGCUGCUGAUGCUGUCACCCUCAAGAGCAUCCUCAAGGAGAAGCUCGCCUAA